UUCAAAAUUCAACAGUCUUAUCUAUAAAAGAUUUUGUGGGCAGUUCGAUGUUUGUUUUAAAGUUUUCGGACAAUUCAGAGCAUUGAAUAGAUGACAAUAAAGUCUCAAAAUUAACCUAAGGAGUAUCUAAUUAAAAUUUAUAAGCGAGAAAAUGUCUGAGGUAAACGAUGUUCCUCACAUUAAAGCUUUGGACGAUAAGGUUGAUAAAGAAGAAGAAAGGUCAGAAGAAAAAUCGGAAAAUCGAAGCAGUGUAAAUUUGAUAUUUGCUGUAGAAACGAAUGUGUCGGAUAGUGCAGUGGAAGAGGGGAAAGAAAACAAGGAAAACGCUAGACAAAAACUGCAAGAAGCAAAGGAAACGAGUUUUAAGUCAGAGGGGGAAAGCGACGAAUCUCAAGUAGAAGGUAUAGCGGAUAGCGAACUUGAUACAAGAAAGAGCGAGUCAAGCAAACUGAUAAGUAGCGAGAAGAUAUCUGAUAAACCUAAGACGAAAGCUAUAGGAACAAAAGUGGCAACGACAGCCAAAGAGAAAACUGUCGAAUACCAUAAUAUCAAACCAGACCUAGACAGACAAGGAACCGAUAGCGGUGACGUCAAAAUAUCUAUGGCUGAGAAGGACCAAAGCUCACAGGGUGCUGUUGUGAUAACUACGGAACCACAGGCGACUGGUCCACCGAAACCAAAGGCAAAGUUACAGAGGAGAAAAUCAUUGAAUCCCAGAGUGAUGACACCGCCUGGUCUUGAAGUACUUGAUAACAUACAGCUCCUGGCAAUACGUCAACAGAUGGAUAUGGACAUACAAGGUGGCUGCGGAGCACCAAACACAUACAGAAUUUGGGACGACAACGAUGAGCAGAUAUUCUUUGCUACGGAAGAGUCGGGAUGCCUGUGCCGCUGGGCAUGCGGUCCUGCACGUCAGUUUUCUUUAGACGUUUUCUCAGCAUCAGACGACCAAGUUCUUAACUUCCACAGAACAUGUUGCCGGUGUGACUGCUGCUGUUGCUUCGACUCUUUCAUGUGCCUGCAGAAACUCUACGUGGUGGAUUGUCUUGGAAGAACUUUAGGGGCGGUAAAACAAAAGUUUAGUAUCUUCAACGCGAAGUUCGAUAUCGUUGACCAUGACAACAAUGUGCUCUUCAAACUCCUGGGUCCCUGCUGCCCCUGCAGAUGUGCCACUGAGAUCUACUUCCAGAUAUUGAACAAAACUGGAGAACGACAGAUUGGGCGUGUGCAGAAAAAAUGGGGCGGGGACAGGACAGACAACAUAAAUGUUGACCAUGAAUAUUUUGAUGUAACAUUUCCAGCUAAACUGGACAGUGUGGACAAAGGUCUGAUCCUAGGGGCAGCUUUCCUUGUGAACUGUAUGUACCUGGAGAUGUCGUAAUACCGCUGAUACAUCUUCACGUGGAAACCGUGACAGGAUCAGUGAACAACUGUUACAUCUUCACGUGGAAACCAUGACAGGAUCAGUGAUCAACUGUUACAUCUCUCAGUUCUUACAUUUUCAAAUGUUUCCAUAUGUAUAUGUGCAGUAAAUCACACAAUAUAGCGAAAACAUAGACACAUGUAAUUCCCCAAUGCUUUUUUUCUUUAUUUCAUAAAAAUACCUACAAAUAGCUGUUUAAGAUGUGCAGUAUUAUAUCAAGUAAUCAAAAAUAUGACUGAUAAUUGCAAAAUGAUUUUGUCAUGAUCAGGAGAAUGUGCUUGGUAACUAUGGUAACGAUAUUAAACUUAGAAUGAAACAAUAAAAUUUAUGAAUAUCAACUCUCGUUUCGACAUGGCUUCAGUCACAGCGCCUUUGUCUGUCUCAGUCACACUUAAUUGUUAUUUCGUAAGAUUGUCAAAAAGACACGGAAAACAUGGUACCAAAUGUUGAAAUAAACCAAGAAAUUUGGUUCAUAUUUAGAACUGUUUUCCGGUGGUUUCAUUUCUUUUUUGUUUGACUUACUGAUAGUUGUUACAACACUUUCCUUGUUUUUCAUGAUGGGCUCUAAAUAACGAAGGCACAUGGAGAAAUCCCGAGGAGUCGUGUAAUCAGCUAACCGCAACGACUGAAGCACGUUGUAAUCCAGUGCGUUAUCAAAGAACUGAAAGCAUGUUUUAUUUUUGGGAAAGCGAUUUCUGAUCGCAGGAUGUACGUUAACUGGCAAUAAUCAGAUACGUUAAAUUCAAUGCGCGCGCAGCAAGGUUUUCCAUCUAUCUCAAAUAACGAUGGACAAUACGUGGAAUUAUCUGAUAUUCUGAUAACCUUGUCGGGACUAAUAAGUACCAUUGACAUUGAUCAGACUUUGCCUUCCCAGCGAAUACAAGAAUGCAGGUAUUCUGACAGCUUGCCUUAUGAUAAGUUCAAUGGUGUUUACAGAAUCUAAAUUAAAUUUGAUAACAACGGUAGAGUGCGGUAAACUUAGCUGAUAAGUGUUCGUAUGAACAGAAACGAGAAUCUUUGAUUUGCAUUUCAAGCAGCAUUGAAUGUAUUACACGUGUCUUUGUUUUGAAGUACAGUUUCAUCAGUGCAGAAGAUAUUGUGCAUUUGUUUAAACGUAAUGCCGGUUCAUUAGAAACCUUCUGUAGAAACUUCAAACUUUCAGUCUUAUUCAAAGAUUUGAUGUUUCCAUCCACAGUUUGUUGUUUUGAGGGCACGAAUAUUAAGUUCACACUGUACACUAUUGGACUGACUGUAAACGGAAACUUUUUCAAACAAACACGUGACAUCAACCUUUCAAAUCCAGAGCAUGUGUAAGGCCGACAUAUAUUCUGAAAAGAAAAUAACAAUUAUACCAUUUAUAAAACAAAAAUGAUCAAAAGUCUCGUUAGAAGCAUACCUACAGUCAAAAAUAAAGGGUUUCUGGCUUGAGUGGAUUUUCCGCAACUAUUUUAUGGAUCGAUUGUCAUUACGGAUCCACUUCCUUCUUUAAAAUAGUUAAACUUCUACUUAUCGUAUUUCGUAGUGAUUUAUAUAUAGGCACAUGCAUUUUGAAUAUAGAUGAUCAUUGUUUCAACUCUACAAGUAUUUAGUUUAAAAUCUUACAUAAUGAUCGUCGUAUAUUUCAUUCUCCUAACAUCUCUCCUGUUGGUCUAUGGUAUGCUGUCUCUUCCAGUCAUAAUAAAGGUCCAUAUCAAAUGUCAUGUUGAAAUUGUCAAGCGGGUUCUGAUUUUCUCUUGGAGGACAUCUUUGUGUCACAGUUACUGCCGAACCAUUUUUGCAGAAAACACAUGAUGUGUUCUGAUACAUUUGUGACUCCCCUAACGUUAGAAAUUCUAAAUUAAAUGAAAAUGUCACAUUGUGAAUUUCGCUCUGUAUUUCGGGAGCAGCAGUUAACGUUCUGCACAUAGUCCGAACGAUGAUAACCAUUUAUUGCAAAUUACUCGAUCGCUGACAGUCUUUAAAAUGAAACAGACAAAAUAAUAAUUGUUUGACUUUAUGUUCUAUUCAAAAAUCAUUUUCCAAAGAAAAAUAAUGAAACGUUUACAUAGGAUAACAUUCUGA